AUGAGCGACGUGUUGACUGAAUUUAUCGAAGUGCCAAAAGAGUUCUUCAAAGACAGCAUACAGUUGAUAAAUCGAUGUACAAAACCAGAUAGAAAAGAAUUCAUCAAAAUCUCUCAAUCUGUGGGACUCGGCUUUCUGUUGAUGGGCUUUAUUGGGUUUAUUGUCAAACUCGUGCAUAUUCCCAUCAACAAUAUAAUCGUUGGCGGAGCACGGUAG